GCAAAGCUUAAUUAAACUUAACUCGUAGCGUCGAAAAGGGUAAUUACCAAUUUUAAACAUUUUUGGAAUGGAGAUUUCAUUUGCGAUUCAUCAGUUUAAAGGUCAUCAUAUAACCAGGGUCAAUUAGCAUUGUAUUUCUUAAGAAAAUUCUGAGAGAACCUCUGGUAACAUAUAGUCUACUUUUGAUGUACCCAAAGAUUGUUAUAUUUCUAUGAUGGCAAUUUUUACUUUGAUGGAUAGAUAGUGAUAAAGCCAAUGUUAAAAAAACAUAUAAAGAACAUUGCCCUUGAUCACUUGAAUGGAGCCGAGAUCGGCCUUUACAAAUUUCAGCAAUUCCACAACCUAUCAAAUUACGAACAUCAGGAAGCCUUGAACUUUAAAUAGGUUUUCCUCCUUGUCGCUGUGUGUUAGUAAGCUGGGUAAUCAGCGAUUUACAUGGUCGUUUUUCAAUAGUGUAGAUGAUGACGAUGUGGCUCUUAUUAUUCACUAUUUUCAGGUCGAUUUGGACUUUCGUAAUAAAUUAAAUUUCCUUACGUCUACUUUGUAUGAAGUCAGGAACUCCCCCUUUUUUUUCGCAGCUUCGUUGAAGAAAAUAAAUUCAAACUCCUUUAUACGACACCAAGUCCUUGAACCUAAAGUUCGACGCCAAUCAAUGCAAUGGGUAGCUCAGUUGCCCUGGCAAGUUGAAAAUCCCCGUUUGAAUCAAAACUAAACUUUUAGUUAUGAUUAAGUUUUUUAGCCGAAAGAUCCGGCACCUUAUCCACGUGAAAAGUUAAGUAUAACUUACACAAAAUAAAAGGGAACUCUCCCAGAGUAGUAUUCAAUUACUUUUUUCUCACAGGCCCACGAUCAUUCCAACUGAAAUCAUUCUUCUGUUGUUAGCACACGGCACCCUGAAAACGCUCGUCAGACGAAUCUUUGUGAACAUAUCGCCAAGGUUUUCUGUUGGUGCUUUACACGCACUGAUAUUUGACGUUCAUAACUCGCGUCCUUUGGCAAUGCAGGUUCCUUCUUGCCGUUUGUGCGCGCGUGUAUCGCAUGAGCUGUAUGAGUUCUUCUUGACUCCAAAGAAUGAUUCAACAGCUCCUUUCACCGUCAUGGCAUCUAAUCUAGAUCUCGACAUGAAAUUCUCUGAGGCGUAAGUACUGCUGUGUUUUGUCCAGGUUUUUAUGAGGUGAGGGGUAGGAUAUUACUUACCCUUUCUGUAAAAGUGCUGCUGCUGUAAAUUUUUGUUUUAUUGCAAGUUGCUUUAUUUUGGUUUGUUUUUGGAAAUGGGAGUGUCAUUCCAAUCCAGGGUGACCAACCUUAACUGCAGUUCAGUUUAGUAAGUUAACUGUAUGAAAUAGCUUGGAGUUUCUGUUUUGUUCCAUUAUCUUUUCCAGUCUUUUCCUCCUAUCUUAAGGCUCUAUACAGCAACGUCAGAUACGUUUUUCAGGCAAAAACUCUCUUUACGAGGAUGGCCCUUAAAGGUCAUUCUAAAAUGUCUUCCCACGGAUGUGAGGUACAUGCAGCUCAGCGAAGGGAAUAGUAUUAAUGGUCAUUUGUUAGUUGAGACGAGAUACAGAGGGUUUAAUGACCAGGUGAAUAAUUCAAUUUUGUUUUUUUGUUUGUUUGUCUGUUUUGUUUUGCUUUUGUUUUUUUUUUUCAUUUAGGCGCUGUCGGAAGGAAAAUCUGCCCUCCCAUUACACCCAGAAUUUUCACUUAAAUUCGGUAUCCAAUUAUGUUUAAUCUUUUGUUAUUGUUAUUUUACUGUAAUUUUAUCUUUACUUGUGCCAUGGUAACAAAUUUUGAUCCCUGCCGAGUGGCUUCGUCUUCGUCUCGUCUCCGUAUUUUAAUUGCCUCAAGCACUGCGGGUGUGUUUUCUUUGCACGCUCGCGGACCUGCAUUUAAACACUACGCAGCUCUGUUUCAGGAUGAGUGCAACAAGGGAUCGUUUGUCAGCGACUUCUUAUUUCCCGUCAUGAAUCGGUGAGAUACUAGGGCAAUUAGCGAUUUCUUUUUGUAUUUUUUCGUGUAUUUUCGUUGACUUUUUGGGAACAGUAUUUUCUUUUGUAUUUUCCUUUCCGUUGUACACCCCGCACGCUCCAAAUGAAUUCAUAUAUCUAUAAAAUAAAAGUCUCUUUUUCAAUUUUCGAUUUUUAGGUAUGGAUGAACGGAAGACAACUUUUUGAGGAGCGUAGCUUAACUAGACUUUAUUGUGUUUAUCCGUACCACCGGGUCCCUGCGGAAGGCGAGAUGCCUUCCGACCCUGUCUCCGAGGAAUCCAAGGAGCUUGGGAUUAAUCCAUGUAAGCCUCACUCAAGUAGUAUCACCAGUGUCAGUGCCUGUAACUGUGGAAGGAUAGAGGAUCACAGAAAAGAUCCUUUUGAUCUCAAGAAUGUCCCUUUUGGGUUUGUAUCCGUGCAAUAAUAUCUCAGCUCCAACUUAUUUAUCAUUCACCUCGGCUUCGACGACAAUAUUAUCAUCAAUUGUCGCUAUUGUAGGCAACUUUUUAGUGGUGGUCGCCGUUCUCCUAGAUCCCAACAGAGACCUGCGUUCGCCAUUCAGCUUCUUCGUUGCCAAUCUGGGACUGGCAGAUCUUAUUGUGGGGCUUGUCACCGCACCAAUGGGUACCAUAUACCUAAUCUCCGAAGGGCUAAAACGUGUGGAGAAUUUGCAAGGAUUCCGGCGGUGGAUGCAUGUAUGCUACUUCAUUUCCUGUUCUGCCUCUCUGCUCAGCCUAACAGCCUUGGCGUUGGAUCGAUACGUUGCUAUCACAUAUCCUUUGCAUUACCGAAGCAAACUGAACCCAACAAGAGCUUUGUUUAUCUCAUGUUUGGUUUGGACCACUUCGAUUCUCUUGUCCUCAAUCUAUUUCAUCGUGGGCUACAACAGGUUCCGGUUUGUCUUUGCAAGCACUGCUGUUGCGGUUACUUUCGCGGUGCUAAUUUUCACGAACGUGAAGAUUUUCAAGUAUUUGCGAUAUCAAGUCCGUCACUGGGACAGUUUACACGACAGUACAGAGGUGAAUGUCGUCAUGAAACAAGCCAUGAAAAGAGAGAGGAAGUUUACAAAGACACUGUUGAUUGUCCUUUUGUUAUUUUUAGCGUGCUACGUGCCUUCGUGUGUAUGUAUCUAUAUCGUUAACUUUUGCUACACUUGCGGCUGUGAGUUUAUUCACUGGGUAAGAGACAUCCAGUUUGUUCUUGUGAUGGCCAACUCUGGUGUGAAUCCAUUCGUAUAUGCGUGGAGGUUAAAAAAUUUUCGGAAGGCCUUUAAGAGUAUUCUAACGUGCCGUGCAUUUCUAAGGCGGCAUAGGUCAGUCUCAGUGAAUAUUGAACUGUCGACAUUGAGCAUAGCUAAUAACACCGUCUCAAGUGAUAUCAGUGUUGGAAGAUUUAAUCCAACAGUACAGGAGUAGCAAAGUUUAAUUAAAUGUGGCUCGCAGAGUCGAAAAGGGUAAAAACCAAUUUUAAGCAUUUUUGGAAUGGAGACUUAAUUUCCGGGGAAUUUUUCAGUUUAAAGGCCUGAAAACGCUCAUCAGACGAAUAAGUGCAAGAAACGUUCAAACUUACCAUUCGCAAUUAGCAAAAGGAACAGUUUCCGUGAUUAUUUGGCAUCGUAUGGUUUUUUAAGCGUUAAUUCAUUCUAUAAAUAACGCUUUAUGUAAGUUUUAAGAAGUUAUAAUCAUCAUCAAUUUAUUGUUAUUACAACUUGUACUUGAAUAAGUCCUUAUUGGCUAUAUAUUGUAUUUAGCUUAAAUUCACAA